AUGGCAAACAAACCUCCGCGGAGAAUGAACUCUCGACUGAAGGCGGCCACGAUCAACCCCAAUCGAAUCUCUUCUCCGGCCGAAUCGUCCAUGCGGUCGUCGAAGAACAAGACAGUAGCGAGGAAGAUGUUCCUAUCAUUCAUCUCAAGCAAAGGAGUCGUAGCAAAGCAGCUAGGUUUGAAGAGUCAGGAUAUCCCCCCACAUCUCCCUCACCGUCGCAAGGCGAAGACUCUGAACAGGAAAUUGCAUCCUAUCUGGAUAUUGCCGAGGUUGAGGCCCCGCAACAAGUCCCGUAGCACAGCGCCAUCGGGAGACUCUCGCCGUGCCUCGCGUUCUCGUCGUUCCACAAGCACCAAUAGUUCCUCCGUCGGGCCUGUGGAGUUGAGCGACGAGUUCGAUCCCACCUUCGCUGAACCUCGCAUAGCAAGUCCUAGUGACGAGCCCGAAUGGCAGCCAACCACCCUCGAGCUCGUGGCGAAGAAAGCCGGCUUCCAGUCUCUCAGCUGGCAGAAGGAUCAUCGUCGGAUCAUGAAGGAAUUCGCUAAUUAUUACGUCUUGGCUAAGGACCUUCCUCACGAACUACAGGACCAAAUCAACGCUCUACAUCCGCGGGCACGCAAGGAAGGUGACAUGCAAGUCAAGCUGUUCGAACAGGCGAUCAUAGAGAACACGUUUGAAGACGAACCUCACGCGCCUCCCAUCUGCAUCGUCAACGACAUCGACGAUGAGCUCACACCACCUUUCGAGUUCCACUAUUCUAACCUCAUGUGGCACGGUUCAGGUGUGCCGAAGCCAGACAUAGUGAACUUGCGGGGCUGCGGAUGCCUGGGACCCUGCGACCCGAACUCAAAAACUUGCUCAUGCCUAGCACGUCAGAAGGAGCACCACCCCGACGGGUUCUUAUACCAAGAAGGCAGGAACAAGGGGCAAUUGAAGGCACACGGGUACCCUAUUUUUGAAUGUAACGACUUCUGUGGCUGUUCAGAUGAUUGUUCCAACCGGGUGGUGCAACAUGGGCGAAGAUAUGCUAUCGAGAUUCGUAAGACCCGACAUAAAGGAUGGGGUGUAUUUGCUGGCCCAAAAAGGAUCCCUAAGAAUACCUAUCUGGGAAUAUAUGCAGGGGAAUACUUAAUGGAAGCUGAGGCAGAAGUCCGGGGCAUCAUCUACAACAAGUUUGGGCGCACAUACCUUUUUGAUGUAGACUUCUACUAUCUGAGGGAAGGGAAGGAUGAUUGGUCUUCCCAGUACAGUGUGGAUGCCUACCAUGCUGGAAAUAAUCAUAGCUGUGACCCAAACUGCCAUAUCAACCCUGUCUAUAUCAAUGAGGCCAACCUGGACAAGCCACUGUUGACCAUCUUCACCCUCAAAGAUGUUGCUCCAGGAGAAGAACUGUGCUUCUCUUAUUAUGGUACUGAUGAUGAUGAAGAGGAGGUUCAGAACAUGGUUGUAGCUCUCAAUGCUCACAAAAAAUGUCAAUGUGGUGCAAGGAAUUGCAAGGGGAGAAUGUGGAGGGAAUGA